GCGGGAACGCGCGGCACCACUUUCCCGCCGUUUUUCAACGCAUUCUUUGUUUAUAUUUUUUAAUUAAUACCAAGCAAUGAACUGUCAAAGUAAAGCUAACAAAUAUGUGUGUCCAAAUGACAGGCAGCUUUCCUUACGAGCCAAACUCCGCACGGGGUGGAGCGCCGCACGCAGCGAGCCCCCGCUGUCGGCCACGGAGCGGGAAGCCAUCGCUGCGGUGGUAAAGCGAGCCGAGAAGCUGGACGAGGUCGAGGCCAAACGCGUCGGCCGAUUGGUCGCUCGACUGGAAGGGAUGCGUCGAUCAGCGCAAGGUCCGGCACCAAGAUCUUGCCUGGUCUGCGGUGAGACCGCCAGACUUCUGUCCCCUUUGCGAACGUGCGCAAUGUGCCGGCAGUCUGCUUGCUCCAAAUGUGUCAUAGAAACCAUGCCACAUAGAUCUGCCAUUUGUUCCAGAGAACAGUACAUGUGCAAUCUCUGCGCGGAGACCAGGGAGAUGUGGAAGAAGUCGGGAGCUUGGUUCUUCAAGUCCCUGCCGAAGUAUAUCCUCCCGGAUAGAAGACCGGCGGGGAGGUACAAUGACACGGAAUUAGCCAGGGCUUUGCAGGAUGGCGGUAACAGCAGUAAUGAAGGCAGAACCGACUCGGAGCCAGGGUCGCCGCUCAGCGUCCACGCACCCUCUUUCUCCAGGCAGGGCAGCAACAAUGACAGCAGGAAAUCUGUCGGAUCUCCACACGACUCCCACUACGACUGGAAUGAAACAGACAUCCUCACACACGGGGUCAGUGGCCUGAGCCUCCAUCGCACAGACAGCAUAAGCCAACGACCAUUGGCUUCCUUAAAACGCACUGGAAGCAAAGGCAGCGCGUACAGCCUUCGAAAUGCGCGUAAAGAUGUACCAAAAUCUAUCGUCCAGAUUGAAAGACCUCCCACGAUACCUGAUGCAGGGUUCGGGACCUUGGAAAUUAAACUGGCAUACGAUAAUGCCACUUCUUCGUUGGCUGUCAUGGUGCUAAGAGCCAGAGGUCUCAUCGGAAUGGAUAUGACUGGACUGUCUGAUCCGUUUUGUAGAUUAGAAGUGUUGCCGAGAGAAGGCACCUAUUCUAAUAGACUUCGCACAAAAACAGUGCACAAAACAAAAAAUCCCGAAUUCAACGAAACCCUCCAUUUCUUCGGCAUCACAGAAUCAGAUCUUUCAAGCAAAUCCUUGGAAAUCGUCUUAUUUGACGAUGAUAGAUAUGGUUGCGACGAAAUGGGCUCAGCCACCGUUUCUCUACGGGAAUGCGCCAAGUCUCCUCUACAGCUCCGCUUGGCGUUGUCUGGGGCCGCCACUGCCGAGCCUACGGGGCCUCGGAUACUGCUUGCUCUGUGCUACAGCACGAAGAGACGCGCGCUCGUCGUCACUCUGUGCAGGGCCGCUGAUCUCCCUCCGCAGGAUAGCAAUGGCUACUCGGAUCCUUUUGUGAAAUUACAUUUAGACCCCGACCCUUAUCAUAAGAAGCAUAAAACAUCGAUCAAAUGGAGAAACCUAAAUCCAGUUUGGAAUGAGGAGUUCCUUUUUGAAACGCGACCCACCGAACUUUCCCGCCAAAACCUUACACUGACAGUUUGGGACAAAGACUACGGGAAGCCUAAUGAUUUUCUUGGCAGUUUAGUCCUAGGCUUCAGUAGUAAGGGCAGAAGGCUGAAACACUGGAUGGAUUGUAUAAAAUUCCCGGACCAUAGACACGAACAAUGGCAUUCUCUAACGGAUACCCAACACUUGUAAAUUCAUGCAGGUUUAUUCUAUAAAUACUGUUUAGUUGAUAAAUUAUAGGACUUGGAAAAUCGGAAAUUAUGUGAAAUCUGGUUCAAAACCUUGAAAACAUAUAGUUGCGUUCAUAAAAAAAUAUAAUAAAUUACAAACUACUUAUUUACUUCUUUUUGAGCCUUUUGGGGUGGAAGCCGGGGGAUCCAUCAGCACAUUAGCUUUUUAACGUUCUCUCUAAAAGGUUGAUAGUAGUAUCAGCAUUCUAGACACGUUGCCGAGGGCGAACGUUCUACAGGAACUAAACAAUUUAUUAAUUUAAUGUUAGCUUAUUUUUUUUAUUAAAAAUCUCUGCUCUAUAAAUUUAUCGUUUCUAAAAUCAUAAUUACUUUACUUAAAUAUAAAUUAAGAGCUUCGAAAUGUAUGGUGCUAGGAUACGAAAACAUAACUUGUUAAAAAUACACAAAGGCAGGCUAUUCUCGUAAAUAUAUUAUCUACAUACAUAUGAUUACAAUAAAAUGAAUGAAUAUACACGUAUAUUAAAGAGUAUAUCAACUGUUAUAAUACAUAGUAGUUAUCACUAUUAGAUAGGACAUAAAAAUCUAAUUUUGGGUAUGUGGUAG